AUGUCUAGCGAUUUCCCGCAAACAGAACUGAUCCAAGAUGAAAGAAUUAUUCUGAAUGUUGGUAGUGUAAAGUAUGAAACCUAUAUAUCUACGCUAACCGCUUAUCCGGAUACACUGCUUGGCGUGAUGUUCUCACCACGUAAUCGAGAAAUGCUAAAAAUCAAAAAUGGAGAAGUAUUCAUAGAUCGAGAUGGAUAUCUCUUCUGGUAUAUAUUACAAUUUUAUAGAACAGGUGUCAUACCCACGAUUCCUACGUUCAACGGAACGGCAUCUUUAAUCGCCUUUUCUCAAGAAGACUUGGCUCGAGAGAUAGACUACUAUCAAUUGCCACUGCCAGCACCAACUGAACAAGCGCCAUCAAUGCUUGCAAACACACUGGCAUCAAAGACUGUGGACGACUUUAUUUCAGCUAUAUGUUCAACAGCUAAAGAUACUCUAGCAAACUUUCGCAACAAGCUCACGUUUAGCUAUUUUCAGUAUCCGAAAGAACAUCAUGAUUAUUGGGCCAACUAUGUAGUAUCCGAUCCGUGGAUGACUCGCUUAAAAGAAUUUGAACUUGUCGGAUUUGUAAUAUUAGAAUCUGUUGGACAAGAGAUUG